UCAAUGCUACCUGCAGAGGGUCUGGAGGUCUGGGGGUGGCUAGGUGGGAUGAAGAUCAGGAGGCUUCUGGGGCCGCUUUUUCUCACCCUGAACUCCCUCUCUUAGCAGGACUGAGCCACUGGUAGGGGCGGUGGGAUGGGGAACCCUGUCUGACAAGGCAGGCAGCAAAUUUCCCAGCAGCCUAUGGGGCCCAGUUCUGGGCAGGGAAGGACCAAGGCAGCAGACCAGCCCCAGAUGGUUUCUGGUUUCUUCAUCUCUUUCCCAUCAGUUUGUGGUUUCUGUACCACAGAAGUUUCAAGCAGUUUUCAAGAAUCAAAAAAAUUCUCUCUCUCUCUCUCUCUCUCUCUCUCUCUUUCCUUUUUAGGGGAAUAGGGUGGCAAUGGUAGAGGGGAAUGCCACUGCCCUAAAGUAUUUUGAAGACUGGAUUUCUCUAGGACCCUCAGAAUGACAGCCCUGACCCCUCCCAGUGGUCCAGUGGGGAAACUUAAGCCCAGAUCACACAAUAGAGUUCUAAGUGGCUGAGGCAAAGCCAGACAUCUGGGUCUGGCAGAAUGGCUCGAGCGGUAGAAUGCCUGACUAAUAAAGCUUGAAGUCCUGAGUUCAAACCCCAGUACCAAGAAAGAAAGAAAUUUUAAAAAGCCAUACAUCUCUCCACAUCUGUCCCCUCCCUUGGGCCCUCAGUGAGUUUUAAAAACCUAUGCCUGGCCAGCUCUACUACUCUACCCACACUGUCCCCUCCAAGUACUGCUUGUGAGCUGGCACCUGGGGCCCCUAGACCUUGAGAUAAUGUGAAAUACCAAGUGUGGACCAAAAGUAAUAAUAAUAAAAAAUCUUUUUAGAGAAGGUGCCUGCCUGAGACAGCUGGAGGCCGGGACGAUGAUAGUGGUAGGGGGGCUUGUAGGGACUGAAGGAGGGGCAAAGGGAAGCCUUGUGAGUAGCGUUGGGAAGGGGAGAAAUGGGUCCAAAAGUCACAGGUGAGUGGGAUGGAGGAUGACUCGUGGAGCUGGGCGCUGGUGACUCAUGCCUGUAAUCCUAACGACUAAGGAGGCAAAGGCCGGAAGGAUUGUGGUUCAAAGCUAGCUCAGGCAAAUAGUUCGUGAGACCCCUAUCCAUCACAAAAAAAGGGAUGGAGUAGCUCAAGGUGUAGGCCCUGAGUUCAACCCCCAGCACCGCAAAAAGAGUGAUUUGCAGAGCCAGCUUUCUCACCUGCUCUGUCAGCUCCAGCUCAGCCCUACGCCACCCGGCAGCCUCCAAGCUCCUGCUCCUGGUUUCUCCCAGUCUGGAGAUCUCUCCCUGGCAAGCUCCUUUCUCCGUAGAGCGCCCUCCCCCCCCUUACCAACUAGCACCCUUCCCAGGCCCUUCCGAGCUGUGGCUCAACACAUCCUUCAUCCUCACCACGAUCUUGAGAAACAUGUCUAUUUUCCACAGCGGGAAGCAUUCGGAGUUUUCCCUCAAAAUCGGGGCAACUGUUAUGACUAACAGAAUGUUGGGGGCCCCGCGCUCUUCUGCUAUCACCCGGACCACUGUAGGACCCUAGGAAUGUUUGUCGAGUGAAUGGAGAAAGAUUAAGAUCGAGCUUCUAUUUUACAGACAGAUAAAGGGAAUCCCAGUUUUGGAUUCUGUCUAGGACCCUGGUCCCAGGGGAAUACGGGACAGAGGGGUCUCCGGCAACGGGGGGACUUAAAGUAUUGCAGGAAGUUAUGCAACGUGAGGAGACAGCCAAGUUCCCCACAGUCCGGCCGGCUUGUCCCGAAGCCGGUCCCCGUGGGGAGAACUGGGCACAGUGUCACCCCAAGGUGAUGCAGCAAGAAGCGUGCGGACCCUUUAAGAAACCCCGGCACCGCUAGCCCGCUGUGAUCCCGCUUCCUCUCUGGGCGGUUCUGAGUGGCGGUUACGAGGGCCAAUAGUCAAAGCCGAGGGCGGAGCGCACUCGGGCGCGGCCACCAGCACCUAGUUGCGAAGGGCGGUCAUCUGCCGCGCCCCACCGGAGCUCCUCUUAAAGGGGCCACCCUCCCCGACCGCUGUCGGGCGGACAGAAGGUGGCAAGAACUGGGGAGCCGGAACGUGUCAUCAUGGCCUUCUGGACACAGCUGAUGUUGCUGCUUUGGAAGAAUUUCAUGUAUCGCAGGAGACAGCCGAUCCAGCUCCUUGUAGAAUUGUUGUGGCCCCUCUUCCUCUUCUUCAUCCUUGUGGCUGUUCGCCACUCCCACCCUCCACUGGAGCACCAUGAAUGCCACUUCCCCAACAAGCCACUGCCCUCAGCAGGUACACUGCCGUGGCUCCAGGGCCUCAUUUGCAAUGUGAACAACUCCUGCUUCCCCCAGAUGACACCUGGAGAGAAGCCAGGACUACUGAGCAACUUCAAGGACUCCCUAGUCUCCCGGCUCCUAGCUGAUGCCCUCACUGUGCUGGGGAGCCCGAGUGCUAACAGGACGAUGGCAGCACUGGGGAAGCUGAUGCCCGUGUUGAGGACCGCCCGCAGCAGAGCCUGGCCCCCACAGAGUGACUGGCGACAGGAGCAACCCUCGAUGACCACUGAGUUUCUGGGAACGCUUCUGGAAGAGGAAUCGUUGGCAUGGGUGCUGGGCCAAGCCCAGGAGUCCAUGAGCAGCUUUGUGGAGGCUGCUCAAGAUCUAGUCAAGGAGUUCCUGGCACUGCCCAGUCUGGUGGCGCUUCGGACUCUGCUGCAGAGACCCCAAGGAACAGGUGACCCUCUGCAGCUGCUGUCAGAAGUCCUUUGCAGUGCCAAGGGGCCUAGCAGCCCUGGCGGUCUCUCCCUCAACUGGUAUGAGGCCAGCCAACUGAAGGAGUUGGUGGGCCCAGAGCCUGCACCAGCCUUGCCUGUUGAUGGCUUGAGCCCUGCCUGCUCUAAGCUGAUGGGGUCUCUGGACAACCACCCACUGUCCCACCUGCUGUGGAGGCGCCUGAAGCCACUGAUCCACGGAAAACUUCUGUUCACACCUGACACCAAUUUUACCCGGCAGCUUAUGGCCCAGGUGAACCGGACCUUCGAGGAGCUGGCUCUGCUGAGGGACAUCCAGGAGGUCUGGGGGGUGCUGGGACCUCAGCUCUUUGCCUUCAUGAACAACAGUGUGAAUGUGGCCAUGCUGCAGAGGCUCCUGGAAAUGCAGAACAAAGGGAACAGGAGGCCAGGAUCUGGAGACCCGGACCAGAUAGAGGCAGUCAAAUCCUUUCUGGACCCCAGCAGAGGAGGCUACAGCUGGCGGGAGGCCCAUGCUGAUGUGGAGCGCCUGGUGGGCACACUGGGCCAAGUGAUGGAGUGUGUGUCCCUGGACAAACUAGAGGCCGCACCUUCAGAGGAAGCCCUGGUGUCGCGAGCCCUACAGCUGCUAGCUGAGCGCCGCCUCUGGGCUGGCGUCGUUUUCCUGGGGCCAGAGAAUUCCCCGAACCCUGCAGAGCUGCCAGCCUCAGACUUCCGCCCUGGCCACUUGCUUGUCAAGAUCCGCAUGGACAUCGACGACGUCACGAGGACCAAUAAGAUCAGGGACAAGUUUUGGGACCCCGGCCCUGCCGCAGAUCCUCUGAUGGACCUUCGCUACGUGUGGGGCGGCUUCGUGUACCUGCAGGACCUUCUGGAGAGUGCGGCUGUACGCAUGCUCAGUGGCACCAACCCCAGCGCUGGCCUCUACCUGCAGCAGAUGCCCUACCCUUGCUAUGUGGAUGAUGUGUUCCUGCGUGUACUGAGCAGGUCGCUGCCUCUCUUCCUGACGCUGUCUUGGAUCUACUCGGUGGCACUGACCGUGAAGGCUGUAGUGCGGGAAAAGGAGACUCGGCUGCGCGACACGAUGCGCGCUAUGGGGCUCAGUCGCGCAGUGCUCUGGCUCGGCUGGUUUCUCAGCUGCCUCGGGCCCUUCCUUCUCAGCGCCGCGCUGCUGGUGCUGGUGCUCAAGCUGGGGGACAUCCUCCCCUACAGCCAUCCAGUCGUGAUCUUUCUGUUCCUGGCGGCUUUCGCGGUAGCCACCGUGGUCCAGAGCUUCCUGCUGAGUGCCUUCUUUUCCCGUGCCAACCUUGCGGCGGCCUGCGGAGGCCUCGCCUACUUCUCACUAUACCUACCCUACGUGCUGUGUGUGGCUUGGCGGGAGCGACUGCCCGUGGGCGGUCGCGUGGCAGCGAGCCUGCUGUCGCCGGUGGCUUUCGGCUUCGGGUGUGAGAGCCUAGCGCUGCUGGAAGAGCAGGGCGAGGGCGCACAAUGGCACAACUUAGGCAUCGGGCCCGCGGCCGACGUCUUCAGCCUGGCGCAGGUCUCUGGCCUCCUGCUGCUGGACGCCGCGCUCUACAGCCUCCUCCUCUGGUACCUGGAGGCCGUGUGCCCAGGCCAGUAUGGGAUCCCCGAGCCAUGGAAUUUCCCCUUUCGGAAGAGCUACUGGUGCGGGCCUGGACUCCCUAAGGGUCCCGUCCCCGCCCCCGCCGCUCAGGACCCAAAGGUGCUUGUGGAAGAGGCGCCGCCUGGCCUGAGUCCCGGAGUCUCCGUUCGCGGCCUGGAGAAGCGCUUUCCUGGCUGCGCGCAGCCAGCCCUACGUGGGCUCAGCCUGGACUUCUACAAGGGACACAUCACCGCCUUCCUGGGCCACAACGGGGCCGGCAAGACGACCACGCUGUCUAUCCUGAGUGGCCUUUUCCCACCUACUGGAGGUUCGGCCUUUAUCCUGGGCCAUGAUGUGCGAUCUAGCAUGGCAGCCAUCCGUCCCCACCUGGGCAUCUGUCCUCAGUACAACGUGCUGUUUGACAUGCUGACUGUGGAGGAACACGUGUGGUUCUAUGGCCAGUUGAAGGGUCUGAGUGCUGCUGCUGUAGGCCCGGAGCAGGAGUGUCUGCUGCAGGAUGUGGGCCUGGUCCCCAAGAGGUUCACACAGACCCGCCACCUCUCUGGUGGAAUGCAGAGGAAGCUGUCAGUGGCCAUUGCUUUUGUGGGUGGCUCCCAAGUCGUUAUCCUGGAUGAACCUACUGCUGGCGUGGACCCUGCAUCCCGCCGCAGCAUUUGGGAGCUGCUGCUGAAAUACCGAGAAGGUCGCACUCUGAUCCUCUCCACUCACCAUCUGGAUGAGGCGGAGCUGCUGGGAGAUCGUGUGGCCAUGGUGGCGGGUGGCCGCCUGUGCUGCUGUGGGUCUCCGCUCUUCCUGCGGCGUCACUUGGGCUCUGGCUACUACCUGACACUUGUGAAGAGGUCCUUGCCCCAGACUACCAGUGAGAAGGGUAACACUGACUCAAAGGACAGUUUGGAGAGGGAGCUGGGCAACCAGAGCAGUGUGGCAGGUGCACCCCAGCUCCUGGCCCUGGUGCAGCGCUGGGUGCCAGGGGCACGGCUGGUAGAGGAGCUGCCCAGCGAGCUAGUGCUGGCCCUGCCCUAUGAGGGUGCCCUGGAUGGCAGCUUCGCCGCACUCUUCCAGGAACUGGAUGGACAGCUGGGAACACUGAGGCUCACCAGCUAUGGGAUCUCAGACACCAGCCUUGAGGAGAUCUUUUUGAAGGUGGUGGAAGACUGUGCUGUGGACACAGACUCAGAGGGUGUCAACUCUGGGCAUCAUCUGAGUACCCGUAUUGCCUACCUGCCCCAGACACUGCCUGAGGCCUCAGCCUUGGAAAACGGGGAGCCAGCUGGGUCAUCCCUGGAGACCCAGACCUUACAGGGCUUCAGGCUGGACACUACAGACCGGGUACAGGGCUGGGCGCUAACCUGCCAACAGCUCCGGGCCUUGCUUCUCAAGCGUUUUUUGUUGGCUCACCGCAGCCGCCGAGGCCUGUUUGCACAGAUCGUGCUGCCCGCCCUGUUUGUGGGCCUGGCUCUGGUGUUCAGCCUCAUCAUGCCUCCUUUUGGCCACUACCCGGCUCUGCGGCUCAGUCCUGACAUGUAUGGUGCCCAGGUCUCCUUCUUCAGCGAGGACGCACCAGACGACCCCGAACGGGUUCGUCUGCUUGAGGCGCUGCUGGAGGAGGCAGGACUGGAGAUACCCUACCUGCAGAACACUUCCAUCAGGGUUCCUGAGUGCACACAGAGCCUUGCGUGCUACUUCUCUAUCCCUGAGAUUCCUGCUGAUGUGGCUGAAGUGCUGGUCAAUGGCAACUGGACCCCAGAGUCUCCAUCCCCAGCCUGCCAGUGCAGCAGGCCUGGUGCCCGCCGCCUGCUGCCUGACUGCCCAGUUGCAGCUGGUGGCCUCCCACCACCCCAAGCCUUGGCCAGCUCAGGAGAAGUGGUACAGAAUCUGACAGGCCGGAAUCUGACUGACUUCCUGGUCAAAACCUACCCAAGCCUUGUGCGCAAGGGCCUGAAGACUAAGAAGUGGGUGAAUGAGGUCAGAUACGGGGGUUUCUCAUUGGGAGGCAGAGACUCAGACCUGCCCUCUCAGCAUGAGGUAGGCCGCAUGGUGGAGGAACUGCGGGCACUGUUGAACCCCCAGCCUGGUGGGGCCUUGGACCGAGUUCUGAACAACCUCACAGAGUGGGCUCUUGGCCUGGAUGCCCAGAAUAGCAUCAAGAUCUGGUUCAACAACAAGGGCUGGCAUGCCAUGGUGGCCUUUGUCAAUAGAGCCAACAAUGCACUCCUACGUGCCCACCUGCCCCCAGGCCCUGCCCGCCAUGCCCACAGCAUCACCACACUUAACCACCCUCUGAACCUGACCAAGGAGCAACUGUCUGAGGCUGCACUGAUGGCCUCCUCUGUGGAUGUCCUUAUCUCCAUCUGUGUGGUCUUCGCCAUGUCCUUCGUCCCAGCCAGCUUUACCCUUGUGCUCAUCGAGGAGCGUGUCACUCGAGCCAAACACCUGCAGCUCAUUGGGGGCCUGCCCCCAACCCUCUACUGGCUUGGCAACUUUGUCUGGGACAUGUGUAACUACUUGGUGGCAGUGUGCAUUGUGGUGCUCAUCUUCCUGGCCUUCCAGCAAAAGGCAUACGUGGCUCCUGCAAACCUGCCUGCCCUCUUGCUCUUGCUACUGCUAUAUGGCUGGUCAAUCACGCCGCUCAUGUACCCAGCCUCCUUCUUCUUCUCCGUGCCCAGCACGGCCUAUGUGAUGCUCACUUGCAUCAACCUCUUCAUUGGCAUCAACAGCAGCAUGGCCACCUUUGUACUGGAACUCUUCUCUGAUCAGAAGCUGCAGGAGGUGAGCCAGAUCUUGAAGCAGGUCUUCCUGAUCUUCCCUCACUUCUGCCUGGGCCGAGGGCUCAUUGACAUGGUACGGAACCAGGCCAUGGCUGAUGCCUUUGAGCAUUUGGGAGACAGAAAAUUCCAGUCACCCUUGCGAUGGGAGGUGGUCGGCAAGAACCUCUUGGCCAUGGUGGUACAAGGGCCCCUCUUCCUCCUCUUCACACUUCUGCUCCAGCACCGUAACCACUUCCUGCCACAACCCAAGCCAAAGCUGCUGCCACCCCUAGGGGAGGAGGAUGAGGACGUGGCCGUGGAGCGGGAACGGGUGACCAGAGGGACCACCCAAGGAGAUUUGUUGGUACUCAGGGACUUGACCAAGGUGUACCGUGGAGAGAGGAUGCCAGCUGUCGAUCGCCUGUGCUUAGGAAUCCCCCCUGGGGAGUGCUUUGGGCUGCUGGGAGUGAAUGGAGCAGGCAAAACAUCCACAUUUCGCAUGGUGACGGGGGACACGCUGCCCAGCGGGGGCGAGGCAGUGCUGGCAGGCCACAGUGUGGCCCAGGAACCGGCCGCCGCGCACCGCCGCAUGGGUUACUGUCCUCAGUCAGACGCCAUCUUCGAGCUGCUGACUGGUCGAGAGCACUUGGAGUUCUUCGCGCGCCUGCGCGGCGUCCCCGAGGUCCACGUUGCACAGAUAGCCAGCUCUGGCCUGGCCCGCCUGGGGCUCCCACGGUAUGCGGACAGAUCUGCAGGCACCUACAGUGGAGGCAACAAACGGAAGCUGGCGACAGCUAUUGCGCUGGUUGGGGAUCCGGCGGUGGUCUUUCUGGACGAGCCCACAACAGGAAUGGACCCCAGCGCGCGUCGCUUCCUCUGGAACAGCCUCCUGGCUGUGGUGCGGGAGGGCCGCUCCGUGGUGCUCACUUCGCACAGCAUGGAGGAAUGCGAAGCACUCUGCACACGCCUGGCCAUCAUGGUGAAUGGGCGGUUCCAAUGCCUGGGCAGCGCGCAGCAUCUCAAGGGCAGAUUCGGGGCUGGCCACACGCUGACCCUGAGGGUACCAGCCGACCAACCCGAGCGCACGGUAGACUUCGUGGUGGCGGCGUUCCCAGGGGCUGAGCUGCGGGAGGUGCACGGAGGCCGCCUGCGCUUCCAGCUCCCGCCAGGAGGGCGCUGCGCCCUGGCGUGCGUAUUUGGAGAAUUGGCGGCACACGGCUCAGAUCACGGCAUAGAGGACUUCUCCGUGAGUCAGACCACGCUGGAAGAGGUAUUCCUGUACUUCUCCAACGACCAGGGAAAGAAUGAUGAGGACCACCAGCAGGAGGCAGGAGUGGAACCCACAGCAUCAGGCCCACAGCGCCGCAAACACAUCAGCCGGUUCCUAGAGGACCCCAGCACACUGGAGACCAUGCUCUGAGCCUCCCUAUCCUGGGGACUGGUAGGAGGCCUUGAGUAGGAAAGGCAAGGUAGACCCAGGCUUCAAAGCCUUUGAGCUCUCAUUGCCCUGAAGAAAAUAAAGACUGACAAAACUGUGUGUCCAUGUGGCAGGUGGCAUUUGCACA